GGGUGCCGCGGUGUGUGUAUGGGAGGGGGGGAGUCUAGGCGCUGCAGAAGUGUUCCUCCAAGGUUUGCGUCGCGGGGGCCCUCGGAAGGAGGAGGCGCGGUUCCACAGGCGCCCCCGAGCCCGCGCCCCGGCCGAGGGGGCGCCGUGCUGGCGGCGGCGCCCGGACAGGCCCCUCCUCCGUGGCCGGCCGUGUCGCGGAAGCGGGCGGGGCCGCCUUGGCGCUGGGCCGCCGUGGGCCAGAGCGCCUCCAUGGGACCCGAGCACCAGGCCGCCUCGGCGCAGGGCUUCUCCGUGCAGCGCCUGCUCGACCAGGCGCCCGCCGCAGCCAGCGCACAGCGCGCCAGGUCCACAGCGCCCAGCCGGAGCAGCGUCGAGCCUGCCGAGAGCCGCGCGUCCGACGCCGCUCGACGCAGCCGCACCGCGUUCAGCGCCCAGCAGCUGAGCGCCCUGGAGAAGGCGUUCGAGCGCAGCCACUACCCGGAUGCCUUCGCCCGCGAGGAGCUGGCCGCCAGGGUGAACCUCAGCGAGGCACGCGUACAGGUCUGGUUCCAGAACCGGCGAGCCAAGUUCCGUCGCAACGAGCGCAGCGCGCAGCGCGUGGCCCGCGGCGAGGCCAGCGAGCAGCCGGUGCUGGCCGCGCCGCCCCCGCCGCCGGUCGCUCAGCUGGCGCGACUGCCGCCACAGGCGCCCUGGCACUGCGCCGCCUCGCUGCUGCCUCAGCCACUGCACGGGCCGGCCCGCUGGUGCUAGUGGACGACGACGGCACCGACCGUCCAAGCCCGGUGCGCGCUGUACACACCCGGGACUGCGAAAGAGUGCUCACUGACUUGGAACGUGUGACGGUCGCACGCGGGGCCGCACCAUCGGCUGAGGUGCCGGGAAGCGGAGAAGUUUGUGUUUAGGCGCACAGCUGCGUUUUCAAUAAAGCAUGCCUGAGAGCGGA